ACUGGUCUUGAGCGUGGAAAUGAAAGUCAGAACGUGAAGGGCAUUGCCUAAACUUGGUUCAGACGACCAGACUUGUUAGAAAUGGCAGAGCGUUGUGGGCAAAACAUUACAGAUAAUUGGUAUCAGCAUGCUGUGUUUUUUGAGGUGAAACAUCUAACUAACAUAGACAAGGAGCGGAUCAAGAGAUACUUUAAUAUCAGGAGAAAUGGAGGAGGGGAAUGUGGAGAGGUUGAGGAGGUGGGAGAGAAGACCUACAGGAUUGCCUUCCUGGAGAAAAGAGUCCAGGAGAGAGUGUUGGAGAUAAGAGACCAUGUGAUCUCCCUGCCAGGCGGUGAGCUGUGUGUCUCAGUGAGAGACAGACGGUCUCCUGACUCCACAGAUCCACAUCAACCUCCACAGCUGCCCUCGGACGACCAGCAGACCCCAUCUAGCAGUAAGGAGCUGGAGAAGGUGUUCAUCAUGGACCAAUACCUCCUCCAGUACCUCAGGGACUGUCCCAAGGCAAACAAGGCUCUGAACAAACAGCUCAUCACCCUCAAAUCCUCCGUCCAGCUCUUCCCCGAGACAGAGCAGGCUGUGGUGAAGUGGGAGGCUGCUGGGGCGGGGCCAGUUGCCAGGCCAACGCUACUUGAAUGGGUUCUGCAGGUGGAGCAGAUAUUUAAUAGUGUCCGGAACGUCUAUCGUCCCCACUAUGAGUUGGACCCAGCGAGGGUAAAGAUCUUAAAGUCGAACAUGGCUGCCCUGAACACUGAGGAUGUGAAGGUAUACUUGGAAGAAGAUGACUUUGCUGUUGUGGUGGUGGGGAGGAUAGGGGAUGUGAAGGAGAAGCUGAAGAUGCUGGAGGAGAAGAACCAAACAAGGAAGGAUUGUCCAGUGUCAGAGAGACAGUACCACUUGGUGAAGGAGGAGCUUGAGAAGGAACUGAGUUCCACUAGAGGGAGCAGUCCUCAUCCAGCUCCCACAAGUAACACUCUCAGCCAAGCAGGCUUGGAGGUUGUGUUCGGCAGUCUGGAAGACCAGCAGGUGGAGGCCCUGGUGGUCCCCAUGAUAAAAACACAACUGUGCUCCACCAAGAUAGGCAAAUGUUUGAGUAGACAAUCGAGAAAAGUCAAGACUAGCUUUGACCUAGCAGCAGAGGGGCGGUGUUGUACCCCAGGGGGGGUUCUGGAAGUCAAGUUGUCCUCGUUCCUCGGGAAUCGCAAGGUCUUCUUUGUAGAGUGCCUGCCCUGGGAUGCAGCUCAGGGUCCAAGUGAGAAGGCACUGCGUACUGGACUGGCCCUGGUUCUGGACACGUGCAGGCAGCAGGGCCUGAGUUCUGUGGCUCUGCCCGUGAUCGGACCUGGGAUAGCUCUCAAGUUCCCUUUGUGUGAGGCGAUACGUAUUGUGACAGAAGAGAUUCUAAAGUUUGGGUCGUCCGGACCCUCUGGGUCCAUCUCAACCAUCCGCAUCGUGAUCAAGCCUGGGUAUCCUGCCUCUGAUGAGAGCUUUCAGAAUGUCCACAAGAGCCUCAGCUCCAAAAUGGUGACCAGCAGAGGAAAAGUCUUCCGCUCACUGACCUUUGUGCUGGAUGAUGUCACGCUGAAAGUGGGAGGAGUCCAAGUGCAGGUGGUCUUUGGUGACAUCACCAACGAGACGACAGACGUCGUUGUCAACACGACUGACUUUGUUGACCUACAGUCAGGCGUAUGCAAAGACAUCCUGACCAUGGCCGGACCUGAGGUGGAGACUGAACUGAGAUCAGCCCAUGUGACCAGAGGAGGGUUGUAUGAGUCCAAGCCUGGUCGAUUCCCCUGCAAGUCCCUUCUGCACGUGUGCGGAGAGAGCAACAUCACCGUGAUCCAAGGCCUGGUCAGUGACAUCAUGAAGACAUGUGACCAGAAAGGGUACCAGUCUGUGGCCAUCCCUGCUAUCUGUGCAGGUAAGGGGGGGCUGGACCCUGAGCUGGUGGCAGACAGCAUUCUCCAGGGAGUCAAGGCGACGGCAUCCUCCACUCCUCUCCACCACCUCAAACUGGUUCGCCUCGUCCUCAUCAAGAUGGACGUUUUCCUGGCAUUCAGACAUUCUGCCGAGCAGCCGUUACCCACUGAGACGCUGUGGACUUGGAUGGUGAAACUUGUUCUGGGGAGCAUAUGGAGUUGAAUGUUGACACUUGGACUAGGGGUGUGGAGUUGUGUCGACAAUAUAGGCAUACAGUUUAUUAAUGUAACACGGCAAAACACUGUAAUGGAAUUGGGGAAAUGGAAAGACAGAUUCAGUUUUGCUAUGCCGCCAUUUUAAAGGUAAACGGAGUACCAACAAACUGUAUUGGUAGCACAAAACGUUACAAUAUGUACAUCUGUCUCUAAAAUUCCCCUAUAUGAAGUGUCUUCUCAGUGGCCCUUAGCAGUAAACAUAGUUAAAUAUUUAACCAGAGUUGUAAUGGGAUGUAAAUGGCACGUUUGGCUUGCAAUGUGGACGGAGAGGUUCACCCCCAGGAGAGCUGGGCCCACCACCCUGAUAGCCAGCCUGGACUGUGCUGCUCUCAGGCAGGUGGCUACCGUUUCAGAUCUCUCUCUCUUUCACUCUCUCUGAUUCUAUCUCUCUCUGAUUCUCUCUCUCUCUCUCACUGUUAUCUCUCUGUCUCGCAGUCUAACCCAGUUGUCUACUGUCUAAGUGAUAGAUACAGAAGUAGAACAGAUUCAUGUCAAAGUUGUUUCAUCUUCCACAAUAAAGAGAUCUACAUGAGUGACAUUGUGUCAGUCAGUGUGUUGCCUAGUUACAUUUCAAAAGCAUGAGGUCUUACCCUCAGGGAACUUGUAAUGGUGAUGAUGUCACAGCUGUCCCUGUACAACAGAUGCAUCUGUACAAUGGAAACCUAGAGGUUGCAUAAUAUCACAUGACCAAGACCCUGUAAAAGCAUUGGAGGUCAGGUCAGAUGAAAGGGAUGCAUUGGUAAAAGCUGUUUAAGGACUUAAACUGGAUUUAGUAUAAUAGUUGAGUCCCAUAAGAACUUCACCAGAUCUAGUAUAAUUGCAUUGCAUAUUGUAUUAUGAUUACAGUGCAUGUAAAACUGCCAGUAUAGCGGGGUGUGGAAAGAGGAGAAAGAAGGUGCAGAACAUUUAAUUGCUUCAUAGAGGCAUCGACAGGAAGUGUGCUCAUGGUUUGGUGUCUCUGAGGUGAAACUGUGGGCAUGUGGUGAGCUUGAUGAGAGCAUUAGGCUCAAAACUAUUAUCUCUUGCUGGUAUAACUGGGUCAUCUAGAUCUGAGACGUGACAUUUAACUUUGAUCAUUUGAGUGAGUACAGAUCGGCAAAAGCAUUCCUGUCAACAUUAAUAGAGAUGUCAGUUACUUUUAAUAAUGUAGUAAACAUUUUUCUUUAAACAAGAUUUGAUUCGAAAAGGUGAAGACAUUGACUUUCAUAACAUCGAGACACAAACUUGUACAGAAAAUGGGGAGCUGUGCAUGUAAACAAAGUUCAUGUAAGUUGCUUAUUACCUUGUAUUACAAUUUACUACACUGCUGUUUUACUCAACAGGAAAUGUAUUACGUAAGAUAUGCACAUCACAAAACCAAAUAUAUGUAAAUGUUGUGUUACUGUACUAUCACUUAUGUUGUUUAUUGUCUGUGUUCCCGUGUAAAGCCAGCAACGAUCCUACAGAAUUGAAUUUUGUGCUCAUAGGAAGUCAUUCUUCAGGAAAGAAUACUGUUGGAAACAUAAUCCUUGGAAGAGAUACUUUUCCUUCUCGGCAAUCCAAUUAUAGAACUUGUGUUAAAAAGUGCGUAAUGUAAAUAACUGUCUGAUUACUAUUGUCCGUACACCUGGAUGGUACAGCCUUGAAAAUAGUGAAAAGAAGACAAAAUAUCAGAUUAAAGAAUCGUUGUUUGAAAAUGGAACGGAUGCUUUUCUUCUGGUCAUAGACUUGAAGUCGAAGCCAUUUGACGGAAGUGAGCAGAAAAUGCUGGAAAGUUUACUGACGGCCAGAGUCUGGAAUCAUACCGUGGUGCUGUUUACUAAUGAGGAGGCACUGGAUAAGAGACACCAUACAAUUAAGGAAUACAUCGAUUCUUUUAAUGAGCUGAUUCAGAAAUGUGGAGGGAGGUAUGUUGUUCUCAAGAGUGGAAAUGGGUCCUCUGAUUACGAUCAGGGCAAAAUGGUAACAGAUGCUGUAAAGAGCAUGAAGAAGAAAAACAACAAUCAAAGGUAUCAGAAGGAAACUCUCCUCAGAGUACAGAGCAAAACACCUUCAGAUGCGGAAGACAAUACAGAGGAAACAGGGGAAAAACCGGGGGAAAGGUUGAACAGAAAAAUAGAUGGGGGAAAAAAAAGAAAACAAUGUCUAACAGUGCAAAUGCCGACAAAAGGAACUGACACACCAAAUGGAACACAGCAGUUAAUUGAAAUGAACACAGUUUCUGAAUUAGCCCAAAGCCCAGUUACACAGGAUAAGUGCACGAAAAAAACAAGGGGCCAUGACAUUGAUGAGAAUGAGUGGAUCACUAGUCUUUGUCAAAUCCUGCAUGAACUCCUUGAAGACGAUAUCAAAAGAUUCAAGUUACAUUUACAAACUGGACAUAAAGACAAGAAAAGGGUCCCAGCUGGAGCACUUGAAAAAGCUGACAAGGUGACGCUGGUGCAGCUAUUACUAAAAUACUUUGGAGUAAAUGUCUCUGUCACAAAGACAAGAGACGCCCUGAAGUUCCUACCCCGCAACGACCUGAAGAAGUGGCUCAUGCCCUUUCUCAGCAAACUCAGAGAAACAUGGUGAUGGACUGAAGUAAUGAAAGUCAUUCUAAUGAACCAUUCUCAGGACUGCAUGAUGGACUGCAUUAUCUUCAUAAAUACCAACUGAGAUUCAAUACCGUAUUUUAUGACAAACAAUUAAAUUUAAAUAAUGUUAUUGAGCAAUCAUUACAAACUUUUUUUGUGUUGCUGUUUUAGAAAGUUGUUUUCAUCAUUUGCAUGUGUUCAUUCUACUUCUGUGUUACUGCUUGCACAGUGGCCAUGUACACAAUUGAUACCUUUUUUGCAGAAAAAUGUCAGAAAAGUUGAAGAUGUAACCUUUUAUUCUGUAUAAAAUGAUACUGUGUUUAGCCUUGUGUGUAGAGAGGAGAAGAGUUGGGGGUUAGUAGGAGAUACUGUUUGACAGAGCUAGAAGGGAGACUGAGGUCUGGUGACCAUUAGCUGGUCACCUAGUGGGGGUAGGGUUGAUGUUGUAAAUGUCCACUGCAAGGAACACACACUUGAGCGCAAGGUCUUUGCAAGGGAGCCAAUGAAAGGAGAGCCAUGUGACAGUUGCAUGCCUGUGUAUGAACCAAUGAUUGUGGAGAGCGGUUUCGUUUAAAUGGUCAGCUAGCACAACAUGCUAGCAGACAAACUUUGUAUCACCAUGGCGUUUGGUCUUUGUCUCCUUGUGGGCCGGGGGCAAGCAAUAAAGCUUUCUUAACUUCU